AUGGACGCCCAUGCAUCCUCGGUCUCUGGGUCUGCUCCUGAUCUGGAGUCCUGGCUCGCUGAAGUUCGUCAAGGGAUCGAAAAACUUCUGCAACAGCUGGAAGGCGGCCCGGACCUCCUAUCCCACACACUGCGGGGCCUUCUCACGAGCGUCCAGACCGGUCCAAACCUUCAGGAGCCACGUUUUCGUUCUCGGGGAGAACGGUUCGAAACGCUUCCUGACAGUUCUGGACUGGAGACGCAACGGAUCAGCCAAGAGCAGCGGACGCAAACGCCUAGCGCGCUCGCCGAGGACUGCGUUCAACCGACGCCGUGCGACUUGGAACAGCCACCCAAGGAACGAACUUUCAAAGUAGGGCAGGGUUUGCGCUCUAGCUCGAUUGCUUCAUCGGCAAAGCAGCUUUUUGAGCGCGGGGCCCUGCUGCAAAGCCUUGCCGAGCGCUUGGCCCACUUGACGCUCUCGAUAUGCGCGGCGCCGAAGGAUUGCGAUCUGUCCAGAGUAGUCGAAGCAGACCAGUGGCUCGAGCCUGCACGAGCGAAGAAAAAGGUUGGCGUUGUCCUGCUUGCCGGAGGCACUGUUGGACCUGCGUUUGUCGGUCUCAUGCUGAAGACAUUGGCUGCACAAGCAGCAUGGGACACUCAAAGCGGCCGCUCAGUUGCUGCGGUCGACGUUUGCGAAACAGCUGCGGUGCCGGCCGUCUUCUACGAAGAUGAAAGGAUAGUCCUAGAGCUUGUGGGGAUAUCCUUCGGUCCGACUCACUGGCAACCUAUUGCCACUGUCCAUGACAUCAACAAGCUUUGGCACGAAGGCGCGGAAUUCACAUAUACAUCAGCGCGCGAUACCGGAGACGAGCAUACGACAAGCUUGUGGGCAGCGCUGCGAUCGAUGCUGGCGUCAACGGCUGCGACUGGCAGGCUCUCAUCAUCUGGCCCUGCGUACGUGCGACCGGCAGUCGGCGCUGCGCAGGUGCCGUGUCUCGAUGGCGUAGUUGUCGUGGACACGAGUCAAGCAGCGCAUGCGGGAGCGCUGCUUGCCUUGGUCAGACAAUUCUAUCCAAAAGUGCGCAUUGUUUCAGCGAACGCUGUUUGCUUUGCGGCGCCACACGAAGAGCAAACCGCUGACGAGACUGGAAUGGGCCUGCUCGAGCGCAUCAAUCGCUUGUAUCCGGAUCAAGAUCCGCAAGUCACUAACUUGAACAGGCAGUUUGCAGUGCAAGCCUCCGGAUUCCUUCUGCGUCAUCCCGCGGUUCACAGUAAUGCAGCCAUUGGUGCAGAUAUUCCAUUGCUGGCGUUUCUCAAGUAUUUGUCGAAGAUGAAGCCAAACCUGGUGUGCUUCGAAGCCGUCAUGAGCCCGGGGAUCGGGCACGUUCUUGAGCGAAUGGAACGCGGCCUUUCGUUUUCCGCUGCUGUGCGGGAAUCGCGCUCCGCUGGGCAUCUCGAGACCUGGGACUGCCGCGAGGAGCUCUCCGGCAUUCUCUGUGCCACUCGAGCGAUGGUCUGCGCGCGUGCUCUCGGUUUCACUGAUCUGAACCUGGUCCGUGAUGCACGUGUGUGUAUACAACCUCUCUACGAUGAAUCACGUCAGAGCAUGACGGGAUGCGACCUCGAUUGCGUAGAACACCGACUGCGAGACUCGCCCUUCGUGGGAUGUCGUUCUCUAUUCGAACAGGAACCGGCAACUUUUCUUCCCCCGCCUGGGCACGCGGAGACGUAUCCCACAGACGCCACCAAUGUCUCGUCAUUUCACCGUUUUAUGACAUCCCGGAACUUUAUGGAUAGCCCCGAUGGUAUUUCAUCCUUGGACAGUUUGUACGAGAGCCUGUUCGAACAGGCACGGACCAACGAAACCGUUCUUCAGUUUCUAGUCCGGUUCACGGGUACGCACGAUCCCAAAGAAACGAACGCGCAUGGCCUCGAGUGCCCCGAUAACCAUCUGAUUCGUUUUGUCAACGUCUUUCAGGAAGCGCCUCAAACAUCUGGUCGUGAAGCGCAAUCAUCUGAGAGCCAGAGCGUCGUCAUUCGUGGCCCGACAAACGCAUCGAUGCAGGUGGGGCUAGCCCAAGUCGACCGCAAACUGUCCUGGCUCGGCGAAGGUGCAGUGUCGGAUUUCAGGAUAGUGGUUAAAUGGAAGCAGAGUGGUCAAUGGCAUCGGACCUGUUUUCGUGGCGAAGCAAUGUCUAGUAUCGAAAUUGCACAGCUGGUACUUGCCGACGUGGUACAGGCGGCGGAGCUGUUCCAGUGA